AUCGCUCUUCGCGCCUCAACUCUCUCCGAACCAGUAAUUCAUCGUGCGCUCCCAUUUGUUGGACUAUAGCAAUGAUUAAGCCGCACUCUGCAAGAUCCCUGCGAUGAACUUGUCUCCUCUGAAGGAUCUGGGGUUUUCCCCCGCAACUCUCCCUGAACAGUAUUUGAGUAUGUAGAGGUCUCUGCCAAUACCGGACUUAGUACUCAACGCCCGAAUACAUCACCUGAUGUAUUCAUCCAAAGUACUUAAAGCACUCUCUUCCUGCUCAUCCAGGCUCUCAUCGAAUCGAACCAUAUCCCAAUCCUUGAUCCUUAUUUAAGCUCACAAUCACGAAUCGCCACAACAUGACUUCAUCCAACCAAAACAAGAAGACUCGCAUCUUCAUGACAGGCGCUACAGGUUACAUUGGAACCACGAUUUCCGAAUAUGCCAUCAAAGAAGGCUACGAAGUACAUGGCCUGUCAAGGUCAGAAGCAGGAGAUGAGAAAUUGAAAGCUUUGGGUGUCACGCCCGUGCGUGGAGACUUGACAACUCUCGACGUACUUCGUCACGAAAGCUCUCAAGCUGACAUCGUCAUCCAACUCGCAUUCAUGAAUGACUUCCAGAACUUCGAGAAAGUCCUCCAAGCUGAUAGGGCAGCAAUCGAUGCAAUGUGCGAACCCCUCGUCGGCACUGGCAAGUCGUUCAUCGUGACGAGUGGGACUCUUCUAAAUGAACCUGAUCCAAACCAUGGGGAGGUGACCGAAGAUUCUCCAAUGGCAAACUCACCCUUGACUGGGCGAAAGAUCUCUGAAGAUCUUGCUCUGUCAUACGCUUCCAAAGAUGUUCGUGCCAACUGCCUCCGUUUGGCUCCUUUCGUGUAUGGUCGAGGUGGAAGUGGGUUCCUUCCCAACAUGAUACAGAAAGCUGUUGAUAACGGGGAAUCGAUUUACGUUGGCGAUGGAAGUGCGUGCUUUACAAGUGCGUAUGUGGACGAUGUUGCUCAGCUUUACCUACUUACUGCCAAAUCUGCGAAGCCUGGCGAAUUGUUCAACGCUACGACUACGACAAACGUUAGCUUCAAAGAGAUUGCAGAAGCUAUUGGAUCUCUACUUAAGCUCCCUGUUCGCUCGGUCACGCUCGACGAAGCAACGAAGCUGUGGAACCCAUUCUUCGCCAACAUCUUCUCUUUUGAGAAUCGAGCCUCCGGCCAGAAGGCAAGGCAGCAAUUAGGAUGGAAGCCCAGUGGUAUCGAUGUCUUGUCUGAUGUGAAGACUGGAUCGUAUGUGGAGUUUGCGAAGAAAAUUCAGACCGGCGAGGGAGGUGCCUCCCAAGGAGCAAAAGCCAUAUGGGAACGAUCUUAAGCGAAAGGCUGGUCGGAAUGAGCAUGGGUAUUCAGAUGAUUGGAUUCAUAAAAAUAUUCGAAUCAAAACUGUACACUCCUAUCGACGACCCAAAAUUUCAGGAUGAUUGAGUGGGAACAUCAGGCCCUAGCUGCUGCACCUUGCCGAGUGGCAAACGACGUAGAAGAGAGUGAUCUUUGUUCGGGCGGCCUCAUUUCCCUCCACGUCUUUUCAACUGCAUCUUCUCUUGUCUUCUGCCCACUGAAUGAUCGGAUUUCUCAAAGACAGAGACACAACACGAUCUUGAUCUAAUGCUUG